AUGGGGAUCACUAGUUUUUCAUUUACUUCCAUUCUUCUUCUGAUUGGAACUGUACUUUUUGCGAAAUUGAUUGAAGAUUUUAUUGUACUGAAACGUCAGCAUAAUGAAGAACAAGACUCACUUGAGAUACUUAAACGAUAUCCUGAACGAAUUAUUGAUGAAAUGUGUAGCGAGAAGUUUUUUGAUUGUUACCUCAUUGCCGACUUGUACGACAACAAAACGGAGCGACCUCUUGCUUUUCGUGUACUUCGCCUAAAGGGUCAUGGUGGAUUCCUGCAGCUAUCAAAAGCUCGGCUUCUGAUACCACAACCAAUGAGUUAUAAAACACUGGAUACAAGGAAAUGGGAACUGGAUAAAACGACUGUUCGUCUCAGAUAUGCACGUAUGAUGAUAUCCGGAAUAUUUUUUUCUGAGGCAGUCGAAUACAACUCACCUAAAGUUGGCAAUGUCCUCAUGUUUGGUCUAGGUGGAGGUGUUAUCAACAAUUAUUUGACUACAAUGCCUGGCCAAAAGUUCAACGUUACUGUCGUCGAUAUUGAUCCGGUGAUGAAAAGGAUAGCCGAAAAAUGGUACGGAUUUGAGGAGACAGAUAUGCAUCGCAUUAUUGUUGAGGAUGGAGUCGAGUUUAUCAAUAAAGAUCAGGGGGUGAAAUACGAUGCGAUUCUUGUUGAUGUGAGUGAUACCGAUAUGAAACCUCUUAUUUGCCCAAUCCAGUCAUUUCUUAAGGAUGACUUAAUAUCAAACCUUUAUUAUAAUCUGGCCGAUACUGGAGUAGUAAUUGUAAACAUCAUAACUGCGCCAUCAUUUAUCCAAGCAGGAUCUGAAUUAGUCCUCAAACGAUUUGAAGGGCAUUUCGACUUCUGUGUCCUGCUUCCCACUAGUACUUUUGAACGUAUGCUCUUCUGUUUCAAACGUAAACCGUGGAAUAAUGAUCCGAAUAAAUUACACGAACAUGUGAUGAAAAUGGACCGUGAGCUUGGUUUUCAUCUCAAGGAUGGCGGAAAAUAUGAAUCUAGUGAUAAAUGGUAG